AUGUGGCUCUUGGUGCUGUGUCUGGUGGGGCUGGUGGGGGCUCAGAGGGGAGGAGGGGGUCCAAUAGGAGGGGUCCCAGGGGGUCCUGGGGCUGGGGAGGAGCGAUUCCCUGUGGUUGGCACCGCGUAUGGGCGCGUGCGGGGAGUUCGAAGAGAACUCAAUAACGAGAUCCUGGGCCCGGUGAUGCAGUUCCUGGGGGUCCCCUACGCCACACCCCCUCUGGGGGCCCGACGCUUCCAGCCCCCUGAGGCACCAGCCUCGUGGCCUGGGGUGAGGAACGCUACCGCCCUCCCGCCUGCCUGCCCCCAGAACCUCCACGGCGCCCUCCCAGCCAUCAUGCUCCCGGUCUGGUUCACGGACAACCUGGAGGCUGCCGCUGGCUACGUGCAGAACCAGAGUGAGGACUGUCUGUACCUCAACCUCUACGUGCCCACUGAGGAUGGUCCGAUCACAAAAAAACGUGACGAGUCGACGCUCAAUCCGCCCCCGCCAGACACAGACAUCCGGGACUCGGGGAAGAAGCCGGUGAUGCUGUUCCUCCACGGGGGCUCCUACAUGGAGGGAACGGGGAACAUGUUUGACGGCUCCGUCCUGGCCGCUUAUGGCAACGUGAUUGUGGUCACGCUCAACUAUCGGCUCGGUGUGCUCGGGUUCCUCAGCACAGGGGACCAGGCUGCCAAGGGUAACUAUGGGCUCCUCGACCAGAUCCAAGCACUGCGCUGGCUCAGCGAAAACGUGGGGCACUUUGGAGGUGACCCAGAGCGAAUUACCAUCUUUGGCUCUGGAGCUGGGGCCUCAUGUGUUAACCUGCUUAUUCUCUCUCAUCACUCCGAAGGACUGUUCCAGAAAGCCAUUGCCCAGAGUGGUACAGCCAUCUCCAGCUGGUCUGUAAACUACCAGCCACUCAAGUACACACAACUGUUGGCAGCCAAGGUGGGCUGUAAUCAGGAAGAAAAUGCUGAGGUCGUGGAAUGUCUCCGAAGAAAACCCUCUCGAGAGCUUAUUGAUCAGGAUGUGCAGCCAGCUCGCUACCACAUUGCCUUUGGUCCAGUAGUAGAUGGAGAUGUGGUCCCAGAUGACCCAGAGAUCCUGAUGCAACAGGGUGAAUUUCUCAACUAUGACAUGCUCAUUGGUGUCAACCAGGGGGAGGGCUUGAAGUUCGUGGAGGAUUCAGCAGAGAGUGAGGAUGGGGUAUCAGCUAGCGCCUUUGACUUCACCGUUUCCAACUUUGUGGACAACCUUUAUGGCUAUCCUGAAGGCAAGGAUGUCCUGAGAGAAACCAUCAAGUUCAUGUACACAGACUGGGCUGAUCGAGACAAUGGUGAAAUGAGGCGGAAGACACUCCUGGCUCUCUUCACUGAUCACCAGUGGGUGGCCCCAGCCGUGGCUACUGCAAAGCUUCAUGCUGAUUACCAAUCACCUGUCUACUUCUAUACUUUCUACCAUCAUUGCCAGGCAGAGGGCAGGCCUGAGUGGGCUGAUGCAGCUCAUGGUGAUGAGCUGCCCUACGUGUUUGGGGUACCCAUGGUGGGUGCCACGGAUCUCUUUCCCUGCAACUUCUCCAAGAAUGAUGUUAUGCUCAGCGCUGUUGUCAUGACCUACUGGACCAACUUCGCCAAGACUGGUGAUCCCAACCAGCCAGUUCCCCAGGACACCAAGUUCAUCCACACCAAGCCCAACCGAUUUGAGGAGGUCGUGUGGAGCAAGUUCAACAGUAAAGAGAAGCAGUACCUGCACAUAGGCCUCAAACCCCGAGUCCGGGACAACUACCGUGCCAACAAGGUGGCCUUCUGGCUAGAGCUGGUGCCCCACCUUCACAAUCUGCACACUGAACUCAUCACAUCUACUACCACCCGCCUGCCACCCUACGCUACCCGAUGGCCCCCUCGUCCACCCCCCGGAGCCACUGGCACCCGCCGACCCCCACCACCAGCCACCACUCCACCUGAGCUUGAACCAGACCCAGGACCUCGGGCCUAUGACCGAUUCCCAGGGGAUUCAAGGGACUACUCUACAGAGCUGAGUGUCACUGUGGCUGUUGGUGCCUCCCUCCUCUUCCUCAAUAUCCUAGCCUUUGCUGCCCUUUACUACAAGCGGGACCGACGACAGGAGCUACGGUGCCGGCGGCUCAGCCCACCUGGGGGCACAGGCUCAGGAGGGCUUGGUGGGGGCCCCCUGCUCCCCACAGCUGGCCGGGAGCUGCCUGAGGAGGAAUUGGUGUCACUGCAGCUCAAGCGAGGGGGAGGUGUAGGGGGAGACCCGGGAGAAACCCUCCGCCCAUCCUGUCCACCCGAUUAUACCCUUGCCCUUCGUCGGGCACCGGACGACAUGCCUCUCCUUGCCCCUGGUGCCCUGACCCUGCUGCCAAGUGGUUUGGGUCCACCCCCUCCCCCUCCACCCCCUACCCUCCACCCUUUUGGGCCCUUCCCUCUGCCUCCCCCAACCACUGCCAGCCACAACAACACGCUACCCCAUCCCCAUUCUACUACCCGGGUAUAGGGGGUGGCAUUGGGGAGGGAGUGCACCCCAUUUAGCUCUCCCCAAACCAAACAGGGAGACUCAACAAUGAUCAUGGAGUCUAGGAGUUGGGGUGAGAAGAAUUGGGGGUGCUCAGAUGCCCACCCAAGCAUGUCAAGGCACCUUAUUAAGGUGGACACAAGUUUCCACAUCAAGAUGUGCGCACUCUGCUCAUGGAGAUACGUUUUCUUAUUCGGACAUCAGCCUUUAGACUUGUUGUGGGAUGACUUUUCCUACUGGGACACAGGUCUUAUGGUAUGUGGAAGUGUGUUUUCACAUUUAAGGCCUGCUUUUUCACAUGGAGGUAUAUUUUCCUAUAAUGGGGCAUGUUUUCCCAUGUUCAGAAUGUGGAUUUUUUUGGGCCACUCUGGACACAUUUUGGCUCCCUCAAGGAAAUUCCUUCCAGGGACUGGACCCCAGAAUCCUGACCUCUCAUCCUCUUAAAGGAGACCUUGGCAGUGGGCAUUUUUAUACUUGUCAAUGUGAGGUUGGAAUGCCUGCCAACCCAAGGGGCUGACACCUAGGAAAGAUGGAUGAGGUGAUCACAGGGACACCCAGUGAAUCAUGUUUUUCCUAAUGGCAUCUGUCUGAUGAAGCAUGUUCUCCUGUAUAGGCAUGAGUCUUCCACCACAGAUAGGCACAGACUUACCAUUGGGUGGGAGGGAGAGGAGUGGAUCUAAGUGGACCCAUGCUGCUUGUGAGCGUCAGACAUGCGGUUUCCCAUAUGGACAUGUCAUAUGGGGAAAGUACGUUUCCUGUGUGGACAUGUUACUGCAUGUGGAUGUGUGUUUUUCCAUCUGGAUGCCCCUGUCUGCCCAGGAGUCCCCUAAUCCUGAACCCCCAUCUCCAGAACACUGGCUCCAGGCCCAAAUUCCUUCCUGGACAUUGGAUAAGAAGAAAUUGAAGGCCAAGAGAAGCCAUGGGGAGUUAGCUGCAGACAACAUAA